AUGAUUCUUUCUCGCGUAAUUACGCUCGGGGCUAUUGCCGCGACUGGUGCAGCGUUUAGUCAAGAUUAUAAGGCAGAUGCUAACGAGGCUUUUAAUGAAUUGGUACCAAGUAAUAAUCAAACUGCUAUUGAUCAAUUGAUUCAUGAAUUACGUGAAGUUUCUAUUAACGAUAGUAGGUGUCAAGCAUGCUUGAAUCGUUUAGAAGUUGGUAAAAAAUGGGCACAGGAAAACCCGGGCGUCAUUCCAGUCGCAUGGCCACAAUGGUGUGUUAGAUACAAGGCAGGAUCACCAGAUUCUUGUACCAGAAAUUUUGCAAGAACUACUGUGGAAAGAAAUGCUGAAGGUUCAAAUUUCGUCGAUAUGUUGACACUGAUUGAUCCACACGGUUAUGAUGGUCAACUGUACUGUCAAUAUUUGGAAGAAGACUCUUGUCCUAAACCACCAACACCAAACAGUUCGUUAUCUCACCUGUGGCCACCAAAGCAACCAAAGCAUCACGUUGCACCUGAACCUGGUAACGAAACUUUUAACGUUUUGCAUAUUUCUGAUUUCCAUGUGGAAUUGGAUUAUACAGUUGGUGCAGAAUCUAAUUGUAGUGCUACCAUGUGCUGUACACCACAUAGUCAAGGUAAAGGUGGUGGCGGUUACUUGUACAAGGGCCAUUGGAAUUCGUUCUAUAAGGAUGCUCACUAUGAGAACGAAUUUACCUAUGUCAAGGGUGCUUACUACAACGUUUUCCAGAAUUCGUCCAUCUCAGCGCCAGCUCCCACUUUUGGUCACUACCACUGCGAUGCACCAGAAAUUUUAGUCAAUUCCUCUAUCAAUUCAGUGGUUGACUAUGGUAAGAAGCACAAUUUAAGUUUUGAAUUUGCUAUGUUCACAGGUGAUUUAAUUGACCACGAUGAACAAGCAUGGAUGAAUUUCGAUAAAUCAUUAGCGUCUGAAGAAGCAGGAUUCAGAGAUUUGAAGAGUCGUCUAGGUGACAUGCCCGUUUAUUCGACACUAGGUAACCAUGACUCCUACCCUUACGGUGAAAUUGCUCAAGAAGGUCAUGGAUUUAGUAACAAGUACACCUGGAAUAAUGAUCUCAUGGCUGAAAUGUGGAAGGACUACGGUUGGAUAAACGAAACUACUUCGCAAUUCGUAAGGACUCAUUACACUGGAUUUGCUGUUGAUACUAAGGUAGGUCUAAGGAUUGUUUCAUUGAAUUCAAACUGUUAUUACCGUAAGAACCACUACGCAUUUUGGAACGCAACUGAUCCAGAUGGAUUUGGUAUGUGGUCAUUUUUGAUUAGCGAGUUGGUUGACGCAGAGUCUAAGGGUCAAAGAGUUUGGAUCAUGACUCACAUUCCUCCAAUUGUUGAUGGAUUACCACUCCCAUCCAAGAUCUUUUACGAAAUUAUUGAAAGAUUCUCACCUUACACCAUUGCAGGUGUCUUUUUUGGUCAUACCCACUUGGACCAAUUCAACAUUUUAUAUGCCGGUAACAAUACAAAGACCAUCGAAAACGUCAUCAACCAUGCAUGGAUUUCUCAAGCGGUGACACCUUGGUUUAACAACAAUCCUUCUUGGAGAUGGUAUGAAAUUGACAAGGAAACUUUCUCUGUCAUGAAUGCUUACAACUACUACGCUAAAUUGAAUGAAACAUUUGACAAUGAAGGUAAAGAACCAGAAUGGUUGUUCGAAUACUCUUGUAGAGACGGUUACGGAAUCGAUUGGCCCAAGACUUCGCCAUUAAAUGGUACUUACUGGCAUUUAGUCUCUGAGAAGAUUAGAGAUUCAGUGGAAUACAGACAGAUAUAUGAGAACUAUGCAACAAGAUUCUCACCAUACGUUCCUGAUUGCUCUCAAAAUGGUAAGUGUCUAAGUGAUUACUGUACAUUGAGCAGUUUCCAGGUGGAUGAUUACGAUAAUUGCGUUUCUCAACUUCACACUUGA